UCUCAACAAACUCUGCAAUUUCAAUCUUCUUCGCUCUAAAUUCUCACACACAUAAACAACCAUUGUGCUAAGAAUUAUCAAACAAAAUCAAAGAAAAUGGAAUCAUCGACGAGCAAUUUGAUGUUAACGGUGAAAAUUCUGUUAAUUUCAAUCGGAGCAGUUUCUUCAGCCAUUGCAAUUAAAUCCUCUGUUCCGUUGAUUUUAUAUGAAUUUCCUACUAUUUGGUCCGGUUUGAUUUCAUGGUUAAAGCCUCCGUACCUCUACAUUUUACUCAACGGUAUAAUUAUCAUCAUCGCCGCUACUUCUCGAUCAAAUCGUAAGGAACAACAACAAUCCGGCGAGCAAUCGCGGUCCUUAAUUUCUGCCGGAACAUCUCCGGUGUACUCAGAUUUGGUAACGAUUUCCAGAUCUAAAAUGUCGGAGUAUGCGCCGGAACUGGUUGACGAACCGGAGGUGUUUGAGGUUACGCCGUUCAUUUCUGCCGGAACGCCUCCGGUGAACUCAGAUUUGGUAACGAUUUCCAGAUCUAAAAUGUCGGAGUAUGAGCCGGAACUGGUUGAUGAACCGGAGGCGUUUGAGGUGAUGCCGUUGAUUUCUGCCGGAACGCCUCCGGUGAACUCAGAUUUGGUAACGAUUUCCAGAUCGGAGAUGUGUGAGUAUGUGCCGGGACUGGUAGAUGAACCGGAAGUGUUUGAGGAGAAGACUGAACCGGUAAAUGAACCGCUGGAGGUGGUUGAAGUAAAGUCUAUGGUGACUGUAGUGAAUGAAGACGAAGGUGAAAAUGAUGAAUUUGUGAGUUCGAAUUCGAUUUUUACGCCGUUGCCUGAAGUAGAAACGGAGCUAAUUCAACGGCUAACGACUGAGAAACCGCUAGUUUCUUCGAGGUUCAGUCAUCGGAAACCGCUGAUGAGGACGAGUCCUGAAGGGGUGAAAUCACUAAGGGUAGCUAGAGUAAAAAGGCAAGAGACAUUAGAGAGUACAUGGAAGAAAAUAACGGAAGGGCGUCACGUGCCUCUCACGAGGCACCUGAACAAGGUAGACACGUGGCAACAUCAGACCCAGAACCGGGGAAGUGAAUCCCCGGUUCAAAAUAUUAAAAAAACACUUGAACCAUCACCGAGUCAAGAUGAGCUAAACCGGCGAGUUGAAGCAUUUAUUAAAAAAUUCAACGAAGAAAUGAGAUUACAAAGAGAACAGUCAUUACAACAAUACAUGGAGAUGAUUAAUCGUGGAGUUUAAGUUAAUUUAGCAAUUUAUACUAUUUUUUUUAUUUGUUAGAAAAGGAAAAAAAUUAUUUUAUUUUUUGUGAAUAUGUGUGUAUAUAUAGGGGGGAAAAUAGUGCAAAUAGGGCUAGAGUUUGUGUAUAUAGAAUUGCAAUAUAUUCUAUUAUUGAAGAGGGUUAAACUUGAGAUAAAUGAAAAUUCAG